GCACCUUUCUCUGUCAUGUCAAGCUGGCAGAAGGAUAUAUCUACUGUACUGUCGUUGACAUAUCCGUGUGUUCAAUUUCAUCCGUUUAUUUUAAUUUUAAAUUGAACAUAACGGUUCAUAAUCAACUACCAAAUACAAGAUGUGGCAGCCCGAUCCUUUCCACAAUGAGUUGGUCUCUAUUAUGGAUGAAUUAAUCAUGUCGUUGGAGGAGGAAAUUUGCAAAUGUAUGGCGUUGUCAGUCUCCUCAACACAAUACAGCACAGACAUUGAUGCAGGAGAGACAGGGGAAAUUGAAAGAGAAUCCAAGUUGCUAAAAGUCGAGUUGACAUGUGUGAUGAAAAAGUUCGUGAAACAGACUCUCGCCAAAAUCAACCAGUUGAUCUCUAAAGGCACUGAAGCACUGCGUUCAGAGAUAUGCCAGAGUCAAAGUGAGAUUAAAUCUCUGAAAAUGAAGCUAUUGGAGAUGACUGUUGGUAAGGAAGUACCUGGAAAUACAGUGGAAAGAACCCCACAGACAGAGGAAGAGGAGGAAUGUACGGAAGCACCAUUAUCACCAGAGUUUGCAGAGGAUUUUCAGGUUGACGUGCCAACUCCCAGUGGUGAGGCUGACAACACUACAAAUGUCAAGAAGGAGACCACGAUCAGAGCUAAAACCAUAGCGUUGGAACAGUCAUUUACAUCUCUAGCUAAAAUACCUUCCUCUCCACUCAUUGAGUCUAUCAAACAAGUGGCUAUUACAGACAAACAGUCAGCGAGCAGGCCUACAGACAAACAGGCAGCAAGCACGCCUACUGACAAACAGUCAGCGAGCAGGCCUACAGAUGAUCAGGCCCCAAGUACAGACCCCCAAACUCCCAGUGGGGACUCUGUGGUGUCCACCAGACCCAGGAGGAAGAAGAAGAGAAUAGAAGCGCAACCCACAGCGGCAGAAUCAGACGUAAGUGAGGAAAACGCUGAUGACCAAUGGGAGGAGGAGAAUGCUAAAGCUGGACAAACCUCGAAUGAUGAAUAUGUUCACAACAUAAAGCCAAGGCCCAACGUAAAGAAAAACCAGACUACCACCACCAGGAAAGAGCACCACUGUCUGGACUGCGGUAAGGUUUUUAAGAAUUCAAGUAAUUUAAAACUGCAUCAACAGACUCACACAGGAGAGAGACCUUAUUGUUGUGAAUUAUGCGGGAAAUGUUUCCCAACUGCUUGGAAGCUCAGAAUACACCAAGCAGUGGUCCACAGAAGAGAGAAGCCGCUUGAGUGUCCAACAUGUGGGAAGUGCUUUGCAACAAAGAGUUAUUUGGACACUCACGCAAGCGUUCAUUCAACAGAGAAACCGUUCCGAUGCCUCGUGUGUCAGAAGUGUUUUAAAAGUAAAAAGGGCUUCAAGGAACACACAAUGAUGCACAAUUCAAAUUCAGAUUCAUAUGCGUGUGACAAAUGUCCAAAAACCUUUGUUAAGUUGAAAUACCUCAAGAAUCAUCAGCUAACUCACAGUGGGGGAGGAGCUCACCGUUGUGAAUUGUGUGGGAAAGGUUUCAAGACUCCUUCUCAGCUCAAACAACACCAAGCAUCAGUCCAUAGGGGAGAGAAGCCAUUCCAAUGUCCCACAUGUGGGAAAUGCUUCGCAACAAAGACAAAUUUGAAAAUUCACACAAGUGUUCAUUCAGGAGAGAGAGCAUUCCAGUGCCCUCAGUGUCAGAUGUGUUUCAAAACCAAGUAUACGCUUCAUGCCCAUAAGAAGACACACACGGACUCCAAGCCAUAUGCUUGCGACAAAUGCCCAAUGACCUUUAUCCGGUCACAUUACCUCAGAAGGCAUGAAAUCUCGCACCUGACCAGCAAGCCAUUUGUGUGCAGCCACUGUGGGAAAGGCUUCAAAGGUGAACGUGGGCUCAAGGGACACGAACGCACCCACACCGAAGACCCAACUUAUACCUGUGACGAAUGUGGCAAGGGUUUCUAUCAACACGAAUCGUUUCAAGUCCAUGCGGCCUUGCACACCGGAGAGAAGCCGUUCACCUGUGAUUGCUGCAGUAAAAACUUUGCUCUGGCGUCCUACCUUAAAACCCACAUCGCAAAUCAUCACUCUGUCACCAAACCCCACGUCUGUGGGAAAUGUGGCAGGAAAUAUAAGGAUUUCACCCAUUUCAGAAUCCAUAUGUUUCAGGGUUGUCAAGAGGAGGCUGCAGCGUUGGUUUGACGACUUAUUGUUGUAAUAUGUCAUGUUUUCACUACAAACAUGCAUGUUUCCUUGCACAGUACCAAUAACAUUUGUUUUGAAUAGAUAGUUUUUUAUGUUUACAGACUUGGCCAGUAAUAAAAACCUUACCAGGGGAUCUAUAACCCUCUCUUAAAUUGCACCUCUGGUUGGAUGCAGGUUAAAGGCACAACCUGUAACUUUCAUUCUGACAAUGCUUUGUCAUUCAUUGUUAUUUUGGAAUUGUGAUUAAAGUUGUAAUGUUCUUGUUUCACUACAAACAUGUAUGUUUACUUGUUAAUCAAUAUACAACCUUUAGACUUGGCUAUGAUAGAGUACCACACAUUUGUUUUUAAGUCAUUUUUUAUACAGAUGUCAGUAUUGUUGAAUAGAUGAACAUCUGAAAAAAAUUAUAUGUUGAACAUGUAAAAUAUAAGGCUAUAAUGAUAGUCACUACAAAACAUGAAUAAGAGACUUUCACUCAAUGAUGACUCAAGCCCUCAAUAGGUUUAUUUCACAGUAAUACUGUAAGCAGACUUGACACCCUCCCUGAAGUAACACAUCUCCAUGUUUAGAAGUCAUUGAGAUCAUGCAGGGCUGUAAUUCAAUGAUGUGAAACAUUCUGACAGUUGCCUAUAGAAAUAGAAUGAAUAGAGUUGACAGGAUUCCUUAUUCUAACAACCAAUCAUAUCUGUUCUACACAACAUGUUUCUGAAUGUAACUUUCUGUAACAACAUCUCUCUGAACAGGCCCCAGUUGUGGCCCCUGUAGCUUGUGGUUAGGACCAGGAGUUUUCACAUGACCAUGUGACUUCACCAGGAAAGCACCGUUUACAGACCCUUUAGCAAGGUCAUUGCACUAUCUGGUAGUGCACAACACGUGGCGGUAUAUAUUUACCUCUUAGAAAGGGAAACGCGUGGAACCAGUGUCUGGUUCAUCCAUCAUCCAGACAGGCAUCGCUAUAUAAGGCAUACAUUAUGCUUCAAUGAUACUGAUACGGUUAAUACGUAGACAUUAAAAUAGAGAGCAAUCAAUGAUUGCAGUGUGUGAGUCAGCUGGAUAUUGCAAAUUCAAGUCAUUAUGAUGACUCGACAGGAGUAGAUGCCUUGCUCACCGAAUGGGACAUUAUUCGUUGCGGUGCAUUGAGAUAUGACAUUAUUUUAUGGAAAUAAUUUCCCCCGAAUGUGUGCUAUGAAGAAAACACCUUUACAGCGAAAGACUGCAUUAUUUCCUUUGUUGUUUCGAUGCGAAGUUGCAGAGAACGUGCUACAAGACCGACCAUUAGAGGGCGCACGAGGCUGUUGGAGGAGGGACUACGUGUUAUAACAUCCAGUACAGCAGGUGGCAGUAACGCGCCUUUCAAUAUAAUAUACAGCAAUGUCAAGCUUCUUGUAGAAGAAUACAUCCGUUGGUGUCAAACGGUCUGUGGUUGUUGUGCUUAACAUUUUAACGUUAGCGGUUGAUAGCUAAUUAACUAUCAAAUACAAGAUGUGGCAGCCUGAUCCUUACCAUAAUGAGUUGGUCUUUGUUAUGGAUGAAUUAAUGACGUCGUUGGAGGAUGAAAUUGAGAAAUGUAUGGCGGUCUUAGUCUUUUCCACACAAGACAGGACAGACAUUGAUGCAGGGGAGACGGGGGAAUUUGAAAGAGAAUCCAAGUUGGAGGUUAAGGUCCAGUUGACAUGUGUGAUGAAACAGUUCGUGAAACAGACUCUCACCAAAAUCAACCAGUUGAUCUCUAAAGGCACUGAAGCACUGCGUUCAGAGAUAUGCCAGAGUCAAAGUGAGAUUAAAUCUCUGAAAAUGAAGCUAUUGGAGAUGACUGUUGGUAAGGAAGUACCUGGAAAUACAGUGGAAAGAACCCCACAGACAGAGGAAGAGGAGGAAUGUACGGAAGCACCAUUAUCACCAGAGUUUGCAGAGGAUUUUCAGGUUGACUUGCCAACUCCCAGUGAUGAGGCUGACAACACUACAAAUGUCAAGAAGGAGACCACGAUCAGAGCUAAAACCAUAGCGUUGGAACAGUCAUUUACAUCUCUAGCUAAAAUACCUUCCUCUCCACUCAUUGAGUCUAUCAAACAGGUGGCUAUUACAGACAAACAGGCAGCAAGCAGGCCUACAGACAAACAGGCAGCAAGCACGCCUACUGACAAACAGGCAGCAAGCAUGCCUACUGACAAAAAUCCAGCAAGCAGGUCUACAGACAAUCAGGCCCCAAGUACAGACCCCCAAACUCCAGGUGGGGACUCUGUGGUGUCCACCAGACCCAGGAGGAAAAAGAAGAGAAUAGAAACAGAAUCAGACGUAAGUGAGGAAAACGCUGAUGACCAAUGGGAGGAGAAUGCUAAAGCAGGACAAACCUUGAAUGACAAAUAUGUUCACAACAUAAAGCCAAGGCCCAACGUAAAGAAAAACCAGACUACCACCACCAGGAAAGAGCACCACUGUCUGGACUGCGGUAAGGUUUUUAAGAAUUCAAGUAAUUUAAAACUGCAUCAACAGACUCACACAGGAGAGAGACCUUAUUGUUGUGAAUUAUGCGGGAAAUGUUUCCCAACUGCUUGGAAGCUCAGAAUACACCAAGCAGUGGUCCACAGAAGAGAGAAGCCGCUUGAGUGUCCAACAUGUGGGAAGUGCUUUGCAACAAAGCAUUAUUUGGACACUCACGCAAGCGUUCAUUCAACAGAGAAACCGUUCCGAUGCCUCGUGUGUCAAAAGUGUUUUAAAAGUAAAAGUGGUCUCAAGGAACACACAAUGUUGCACAAUUCAAAUUCAGAUUCAUAUGCGUGUGACAAAUGUCCAAAAACCUUUGUUAAGUUGAAAUACCUCAAGAAUCAUCAGCUAACUCACAGUGGGGGAGGAGCUCACCGUUGUGAAUUGUGUGGGAAAGGUUUCAAGACUCCUUCUGAGCUCAAACGGCACCAAGCAUCAGUCCAUAGGGGAGAGAAGCCAUUCCAAUGUCCCACAUGUGGGAAAUGCUUCGCAGAGAAUAAAAAUUUGAAAAUCCACGCAAGUGUUCAUUCAGAAGAGAGAGCAUUCCAGUGCCCUCAGUGUCAGAUGUGUUUCAAAACCAAGUAUACUCUUAACGACCAUAAGAAGACGCACACGGAUUCCAAGCCAUAUUCUUGCGACAAAUGCCCAAUGACCUUUAUCCGGUCUUAUUAUCUCAAGAUUCAUCAAGCUUCGCACCUGACCAGCAAGCCAUUCGUGUGCAGCCACUGUGGGAAAGGCUUCAAAGGUGAACGUGGGCUCAAGAGACAUGAACGCACCCACACCGAAGACCCAACUUAUACCUGUGAUGAAUGUGGCAAGGGUUUCUAUCAACACGAAUCAUAUAAAGUCCAUGCGGCCUUGCACACCGGAGAGAAGCCGUUCACCUGCGAUCACUGUGAAAAAACCUUUGCUCUGGCUUCCUACCUUAAAACCCACAUAGUGAAACUUCACUCUGUCACCGAACCCCACGUCUGUGGGAAAUGUGGCAAGAAAUAUAAGGAUUUCACCCAUUUUAGAAUCCAUAUGUUUCAGGGUUGUCAAGAGGCUGCGGCGUUGGUUUGACUAUAACAAGAAUUGCCUAUCAUUGGAAAUGACCAUUUCUCUUCUUUCUAAUGUUGGGAAGGGAUCAAAAUAUAUAUUGGAAAUAUAUGGUACAUGGAAAUCAAGAUAUGGAGGUAGGUGGGAUGGGCUGAGCGUAAUUGAGGGGUGGGAUUAGAAACUCAUAAUCUGUGUAAUAGUUAGGACUGAAAACACCAUAUCAUGCAUACCGGAAAUGCCUGAGUACCAUUUCAGGUGUAAUGUGUAUAUCAAACUAUUUCUGACAUGUAAGACCUUGGUAUAAAAAAUACUAUGUAUGAAUAAUGUGCAUGUAACAAAAAUGGAAGACAAAGUUACUUUUUUCAUACAGGGGAUAGAUUGGCCAGUAAUAAAAAUAAUAGUAAAUAAAAAAGUUGGAGAAGACCUACAACCCCCCUUAAAUUACCCCCUGGUUGGAUGCAGGUUACAGGCACAACCUUUCAUUCUGACAAUGCUGUCAUUCAUUGUUAUUUUGGAAUUGUGAAUAAAGUUGUAAUAUGUUCUUGUUUCACUACAAA